GUUUUUCCUAGAAAAUUUGUAAGAAAAUAUGGAAAUAACUUGCCAAGUUCUAUAGUCCUUACGGUUCCUAGCUGUGCAAAAUGGCAAGUAGAGCUGAUCAAGAGUGAUGGUGAGAUUUGGUUACAAAAUGGGUGGCAAGAAUUUGUGGAGUAUUAUGCCCUUACGGUUGGGUCCUUGCUAGUUUUUGAGUAUGAUGAGAGAAAUUGUCGUUUCAAUGUGAUCAUAUUUGAUAAAAGUGCUUUAGAAAUUAACUAUCCAUACACUGUCAAUGUCGAGAAUGAGGGGAAGGGGACUAAUAAUCCAGAAGAAGCUAAAUAUGAUGUCUCCUAUGAAAGCUUGGAUGAAGUCUUGCCAAGCCGGAAAAUAAUGGAGGAAUCACCAUCUCCAUUGCCUAAUCCUCAUAAGAAUAUGAAGCUAGAGAAUCUCACAUUGCCUGAGACUUGUAAAAAGAUGAAAUUAGAGAACCCCACGAGGAAAAAUGAAGCAAAGAGAGGCAGUUGUGGUGAAAAACAAAAGUUCAUUUGGAGGACGCAACCAUUGACAAAAAAUUACAAGGCUAAUGCGCUUCAUAGAGCAAGAACUGCUUUCAAAUCUAAAAAUCCAUUUUUCAUGGUUGUAAUGCAGCCAUCAUAUGUUCAUGCAGGGAAUAAAAUGUGGAUCCCAGAAAGGUUCGCGAGGAGAUAUUUGAAGAUCAAGCGGGGUGAUGUCAUUCUAAUUGUUAUGGGUGGAAGGACUUGGUCUAUCAUUUACCAUUGCAACAACAAAACAAAACUAAAUCCGAGAUUAUGUGCAAAGAUGCAAGCGGCUCCCAUCACUCGGUGAGGAGAGAAAAAUUGAAACAUGAGGAAGAAGAGAGUAGAUGCAAACAAACUAAAAAAGCCUUCCAUUGAAGAUGAAAACAGAUUCAUGCACCACCCCCGCCGCUGCCGCCAUCUGAUUCCUUGCCUUCAGAGGCUGCAAUAUCCAUGUGAGGUGGAGAAACUGAAAUAGGCACUUUCUUUGUUUAUUCUUGAGGAAUUAACACUUGAGUUUAAUUAUUUUCUAUGUUCUGCUUCAGAUAUUCCGUUGCGGAUCAUAUCUGUACACAUUCACCACCUAAGGUUAUAUGAACAAUCAAUUAUAACCGGAA